UUUUUAAUCAUUUAUCCAAAUCCACCGCUCCGCCUUCAGCUCACUCCUCCGAGAAAAAAUGGCAGCGAUUUCCGGCACGACGGUGGCAGCCUUAAAAGCGGUGGCUGACUCGCAGAAACCCGAAUCGCCGGUCCUCCGAUUCACCCGGCUCAGCUACAAGUGGAAGCGGUGGACUGCCGGUCGGAUUAGUGUAGUUGGACCGGUGGCGGCCGCCCCGGACCGGAUAUCGGAGAAGGUGGUGGAGAGCAUAAAGAACGCGGAGGAGACGUGCUCGGAUGAUCCAGAGAGUGGGGAGUGUGCGGCGGCGUGGGAUGAGGUGGAGGAGCUCAGCGCCGCCGCUAGCCACGCACGUGACCGGCUGAAGGAUGCGGACCCACUCGAGGAGUUCUGUAAGGAUAAUCCCGAGACGGAGGAGUGUCGCACGUACGAGGACUAAGUAAUUUAUUUCAAUUAAUAAUUUAUUUGGACUAUUUUUUUUCGAUGUAGUAGAAAGAUUUUGUGUGUUCUUUUCAUUUUUAGUUAGGGAGGUUUUGGUUUUCGUUUGUUGCGUGAAAUAAAAAUAACGUUUCGAACUUUUAACCUAAUGUUUAAUAUCUUUUAAA